AUGGCUGGCAAGCCUCAGUCAAGAUGGGGUUUCCUGCAGCAAGCUGUGGCCUCGGUCGAAUCUAGACUAGAUAAUAUACUGGCAGAAGACAGUGAGCAAACGCCUGCUCCCAAACGAAUUCCGCAACCCGCUCCGCCUCCGAUCACGAGGGAGCCUGGCCAUUCCAAGAAGUUGUCGUCUGAUCUAUCUCGGAGUAGUAGCAAUGCCUCAGCCACAAAUGACCGUCUACAAGAACGCCUUGCGAAAGCAAUGGCUAAAAAGAAUAUCAGUCGGUCCGACAGUCCAGCGAACCUGCCUCCAUCCGCCGAUUCAAACGAUUUGAAGGAUGAUUCAGUGUCUAUAAUUCCCGAUGAUGAAGAGAAAAACGAAGCUAUCACGGUGGAACAGGCAUCACGACCGUCAAUUGAAGGACCAGUUAUAGCGGACAAACCCUUACCUUCUGAUCUGGCGGACGAGACUUUGGCAGGACAAACGGACUCCGAAAGGCUCGUGGCGACUGAACCCGAUUCUACGAGGCUUUCGAUUGAAUCGGCGGCAAGUCGUGGACCUGGCCCUCUCCUGACGCUUCUGAUUGAUAAGGGAGAAAAUAAUGAGGACAAUGCUUCUCUAAAACCAUCUCUGGAAGAGGGAUUGUCCACCGCAAAACUACAAGAAGAAAUUAAUGGUUACAUCGAACGAAUCGAUGCUCUUCAGUCCAAGCUCAAGUAUCUCAGCAAAGAGGCGGCUGUUUCCGCCAAACAAGCAGCCGCCGCUGCUCCGUCUGGAAGUCUAGAGCGGAAACUUCUUGAGAAAGACGAAAAGAUUGCACGGCUGAUAGAAGAAGGCCAGAAUUUGUCCAAGCUGGAGAUGAAGCAUUUAUCCACCAUCAAAAAGAUUCGUGGUCAAGUGAUCAACGACAAUAAAGAGCGAGAGAAUGUCAAGAGCCGGGCAGACAAGGCUGAGGCAGCACUUCGGAUCAUGGAGGAUCGCGCGAGGAAAGCCGAGGCAGCAAGCAAAAGGGCCGAACAAGCUCUUGCAGCAAGUUCAACGAGUGCAACCGAUCUCGAAGCCAUCCGGAGAGAAAGAGACGCAUUACACGCCACAAUUGCGGACAUGAAGACCCAGCUGCUCAGAGCCAACUCAAGAGCCGAGGCAGCCGAAGGCAAGGCUCAGUCCGAUCAAUUGGAAAAGGAGCGAAGAAAAGCAGCAGAUCUACAGGACGACUUGACGAGUGCUAAGGUUGAAAGAGAGAUCUCGGAAGAGAAAUUGCGCCGAGAAAUCAAAGACCUGCAAGCCUCUCUCGAAAGAGAAAAGGAACAAGCCCGGGUGAUGGAAAGCGAAAUGCUUGGUGAGCAAGCCACACUAGAAAGCAAGCUCGAAUCGUUUCGUGUUCGUGCUGAAGAGGCCUCAUCAGCAGAUCAUGGCCACGUUCAAGCCAAACUUCUCCGACAGAUCGAAACAUUACAGAGUCAGUAUUCAAAUGCCAGUCAAAAUUGGCAGGGCAUCGAGAGCAGCCUCCUAGGCAGGAUCACCAACCUGGAGAAAGAACGCGACGAAAUUGCUCGAAGGGAGGCUGACCUGCGGAAGAAGCUGCGAGACGCGACACUGAAAGCCAAGAAUUCGGAUCGUGAGAUGGAAGCACUUCAGAGUAAAUACCUAGAGCUGGACAAAUCCGUCGCGGAAGACAGUGCAGAAAUACACCGACUAACUCGGAAGACUACUCAACUCGAGGCGGACCUAGCGACCGCCAGACAGGAUAUGGACGAGCAGAAAGUCAACUCCGAGCGAGAAUUACAGCGGAAGUUGGACGAGGAACGUGCCAAAUGGACCGCCUCUCUUCACAUCCAAAGAACGGAUUCUCCGGGAACCUCGAUACGCAAAAAUGCCUCCAAUGGAGUUGGCUGGGAUCUGAAUCAUUUGAUGAGUCCCGUACAGUAUGAACGAGGAAGCAGUCGAAGGCCAUCCGUACUACCCUUUGAUUCUAACACGCCACCACGUCAGCAAUCCACCGCAUCUUUCCGAGGCCUCGCCAACGGGUCUAUAGCCGAAACACCGUCGGUUGUCACCUCGAUGGAUGCCGAUGAGUAUUUCGCCAAUGUGCCUGCCACACCUCUAUCGGCUAGUCAUCUCUCACACCGCGGUGGUGUCCAUGAUCUCGUCUCUACCUCGACAGUUGGCGCAGGACCAUCCGUCCAGCUAGUUGAGCGCAUGUCCGCCAACGUCCGUCGGCUUGAAAGCGAGAAAGCAGCAUCAAAAGAUGAGCUCUCUCGCAUCACUGGCCAGCGUGACGAGGCCAGGCAGGAAGUGGUUAACCUCAUGCGUGAGGUGGAGGAAAAGCGAAGCAUCGAGGAGCGCCUGAAAGCACUUGAGGUAGAACAUGCCCAAGUGGCCCAACGGCAUCGAACCACUCUGGAGCUGCUCGGCGAGAAAAGUGAGCAGGUGGAAGAGCUCAAGGCUGAUAUUGUCGAUGUCAAACAAAUGUACCGGCAAUUGGCCGAUACCAUGAAAUAA